AUGGCACGAAAGCAGAAGUGUGUUUUUGGAUGUAAGGAGAAGAAAGUCAGCAUUAUAGAAACAACGGAUAUAGUUUGUUUAUCCGGGGUAGCAGCUGAAUUUUGCAUUCCUGUUGCUCCAGGAAACCUGUCGGACUCAACAUCCUACCUCGCGACCAUUUCCCAACCCACCGAAGACAACCUGUCCACCAUCGUCCCGGACAUCACCGAGCGACAGAACAGCACGCUGACCAUGACUCUUUUGGAUCUUAACAACAACGUAACCACCAUCAAAAGCACCAUGUCCUAUGGACAGGCAAUGAGAAUGCAGUCUCUCCUAAACCAGACGGUCGUCUACGAGUACAAUACUAGAUCACAACAAGACCCUUGCUGGGAAACAUAUGUUGGUCAGGAGAUGUUGAAGCUCUCCAUCAUUGACAUGAUCUUCACGGUGGCAAGUAUCCUGCUUAUUGAUUUCAUCCGAGGGUUGGUGGUUCGAUAUUUGAGUGACUGCUGCUGUUGGGAUUUGGAGAGCAAGUUUCCUGAAUAUGGUGAAUUUAAAAUAGCUGAAAAUGUUCUUCAUCUGAUAUACAACCAAGGAAUGAUAUGGAUGGGAGCGUUCUUUUCACCCUGUCUGCCCGCCUUUAACGUCCUGAAGCUCAUUGGUUUAAUGUAUCUUCGCAGCUGGGCUGUGCUGACCUGUAAUGUUCCUCAUCAGCAGGUCUUCAGGGCCUCCAGAUCGAAUAAUUUCUACCUGGCGAUGCUUCUAUUCAUGCUUUUUCUGUGUAUGCUGCCAACCAUCUUUGCCAUCGUGAGGUACAGGCCGUCUCAGUACUGUGGACCUUUCAGUGGUCAGGAGAAGAUUUACGACAUCAUCUCCGAGACCAUCGCAAAUGACUUUCCUGUAUGGUUCAAUAACGUGAUGGAUUACGUCACCAGUCCUGUGGUAGUGCUGCCUGCAUCGCUUCUGCUGUUUAUGCUGAUCUACUACCUGCAGUCCAUCGCUAGAUCACUCAAAGUCACCAACAGCCAGCUGAGACUGCAGCUUCAGACCGAGCGUACAGACGACAAGAAGAAAGUAUUUCAGUUGGCUGCAGCGCGCCUUCAGGCACCCGAGGGUGCCGAUAAAAAGCCAGAGCAGGAAAGUGACAUCACAAGCAUGGAGUCCUCUGCUCGAUCCACCUCCCCCCAACGACCCAACGGGAAUGUCGUCAACUUCGAAUCUCCCAUCCGCCAAGGCAAUAGCAUCCGUACCAUAACCCAAUCUGCAUCACGGCCCGACGUCUCCAGAGCAGCCGGUGCGGCGCGGAGCUCCUCCGCCCCCGUGAGACAGAAACACAAGGCGGAGCACGUACCCAAUAGUGCUUUCAGAAUGUACAGCAGCCCCUCAGUUCCACAAAGACAAGUACGACGGGUGGAGUACGUACCCAUCAGGCACGCUGGGUACUUGGGUAGCAGCAGUGGUCCCGGUCGAUCAAAAUCCUAUCACCACAUGGCCUACACCCCGAGGCAUGGAGAGAGCAUCCACUCGGAUCCGCUUUUACGGAAGACCCUCCGCCCCAUGCACGCAGAGCCCAGCAUAAUCGCAACACCGAGCUACGUGGGCCGGCGGGCUCAUACCACCCGCUACGUCAUCGUCAACGAACAUGAAGCUCGAAAGAAGAUGCGCUCUACUGUGCGCUUGCCAAGACAUUACCGCCUUGCCGAUGAACUUACGGAGAUCGUAGAGCUGUACCCACGCAACGUCAAGUGUUACAUUCCUCGAACCCCUCACCGUAGCCACCAGCCACACCUAAGUGAAGAAGACGAGGAGGAAGAAGAUCCUAAGGGCACCAGCACAAGAAGAGGAUCCAUCAGACAGUCACAACGUCCGCGGUCACUGUCCGACCUACACCAGACCGCGAGGUUCUACAUUGGCGAUACGGUAGGAAGCCAGGUCUCAAUGGAGCAGGGUUUAUAUGCCGAUGAAGAAGAUGAGGACGACUGGGUCGACGACAGCUCUCACCUUUGCUCUCAAACAAACAUCCGAGGUCCAGAGUCGGCACACAGGUACAGGGAACCGCACGUCAAGUCCAAGGCCAAGCAUAAAGUGGAGCCAUCGCUGACAGAGUCCGAUUCGGCAUCGCUCGCAUCCAGCAGCGACCCGCAGAACAGCAGCACAGAUCAAUACAUCCAAAUCAUUCACAAUAAAGAGAAGUACCUGAAGCCCAGCACAAAGAUGGCCAAAAAGAAAUCCAAAAACAGCAUUAAAGUGAAUGCAUCUAGUUCGAAUGAUCUCGUCUGCUCAAAUGUUUAAAGUAUUUAUAGAUAAAAAAAAGUAUGGCUCUAUUUUACAAUCUAAGGCUGCCUGUGUAGGUGGCAUUUUAAGGCAUAAAUGUGUACUGGAGUUUAAGAAAAUGAAGAUUGUAAACACACAAUCGAUUUUAAACAUGUAAACAGUACAAAAUGUUGAAACUGCGAGUACACUCCACAUAUGCUUUAUAUGAGGAGCACUACAGUAUAUGUUGCAGACUAUGUAGUGUGUUCCACUAAUCCACUAAUGAGGUUACAAUUUAGGAUGCAGGCAGCACUAGAUUAUAAAACAGAGCCAUUUAUACAUGUAUAAGGUUUUAUCAUAUGAAAUUUGUUGUUUUGCCUUGUAAAGCACACCGAUA